CUGCAAGCAGUGGUGGAUUGGCGGGUGCGGGGCCAGGCCAUGGCGGAGCGGCGGGUCCUGUGCGUGGGGCUGGUCUGCCUGGACAUCAUCAGCGUGGUGGACGCGUACCCGGCCGAGGACACGGACACGAGGUGCGUGUCGCAGCGGUGGCAGCGCGGCGGGAACGCGUCCAACUCGUGCACGGUGCUGGCGCUGCUCGGCGCCCCCGCCGCCUUCAUGGGCUCGCUCGCGCCCGGGCCCGCGGCUGACUUCAUCGUGAGCGACUUGCGGCGCCGGGGCGUGGACACGGGGCACGUGGCAUGGCAGAGCAUUGGGGACACGCCGUGUGCCUGCUGCAUCGUCAAUGCCGCCAACGGCUCGCGGACCAUCACCCUCUACGACACAAACCUGCCAGAUGUGACAGCCCAGGACUUCGAGCAGGUCGACCUCUCCCAGUACAAGUGGAUCCACUGGGAGGGCAGAAAUGCAGCCGAGCAGGUGAAGAUGAUCCAGCGUGUGGAGGAGCAUAACCGGGGCUGUGCCCCGCACCAGCGCAUUGCCACGUCCGUGGAGGUGGAGAAGCCGCGGGAGGAGCUCUACCAGCUCCUGGGCUAUGGGGACGUGGUGUUUGUCAGCAAGGACGUUGCAAAGGUCUUUGGCUUCCAGUCGGCGCCUGAGGCUGUGCGGGGCCUGUCCAGCCGGGUGAGGCCGGGGACCACACUCAUCUGUGCCUGGGCAGAGCAGGGCGCGGAUGCACUGGGGCCGGCGGGGGAGCUGGUCCACGCUGAUGCCGUGCCCCCCGCCCGCAUUGUGGACACGCUGGGGGCUGGCGACACCUUCAACGCUGCUGUCAUCUUCGCCCUGUCUGCAGGGCGCGGCCUGCAGGAGGCGCUGGCCUUCGGCUGCGAAGUGGCCGGCAGGAAGUGCGGGGUGCCCGGCUACGACGGCAUCGUGUGACGGUACCGGGACCAUGGGGGUGGUGCGGGGCCUGCGUGGGGGGCGGCGUGGCCCCGGCCCUGGUCCCCUGGCCUUGUCCCCACAGCCCCGUGUCCUCUGCUCAAUAAAGAUGCUGAAGCUCCCUGCA